GAUUAGUGAGUGACAUUGACACUGUGACUUAACUGGUCGGAGUCCUGAGUUAUGUGUUUUGCAAGUGUUCUGUUAAUUUUUUUUGUUGUUGAUUGAACUGGAUAGAGCAUUUUUAUUUUGCAGUUGCUUGUCCGCCUUUUUUAAAAAUCAGCAGUGACUUUCAUUGGGAGUUGGUGGCGGCGCUAGCACACAAUCAACUUCAAAACCUCAAUUUUUGUUGUGGCAAGCGUUUGAACUGCUGGCAGUGGUGACUACUUAUAAAGAAUCCCAGACACGAUGCUUGGAUUCUCUAACGCUGGGAUCCCCGAUAAAUCGUGGCAACCUCCAGUGGCUGUCAUAGAAACAACAAUGGGAACUAUGGUCGUAGAAAUGUACUGGAAGCAUUCACCAAUAACAUGCAGAAACUUCAUGGAGUUGGUUCGUCGAGGAUACUAUAACAACACAAAGUUCCACAGAGUGAUAAGAGACUUCAUGAUACAGGGUGGUGACCCAACUGGGACUGGCAAGGGAGGCCAGUCGAUAUAUGGACCACAGUUUGACGAUGAAAUAUCAUCAGAUUUAAAACAUACUGGAGCUGGGGUGUUGUCUAUGGCCAAUGCUGGUCCCAAUUCUAAUGGAUCUCAAUUCUUCAUCACAUUGGCCCCAACACAGUGGCUGGAUGGAAAACAUACAAUAUUUGGAAGAAUUCAAUCCGGAAUGGCAGUUGUUAAAAGGAUAGGUUUAGUUGAAUGUGACAAAAAUGAUUGUCCUGUUGAUGAUGUAAGAAUAGAAAAGGCAUACAUCCCUAAGUAGAAUAUUAAAGUUAGUGUUAAGUCAGUCUAAUUUUUCAUAUUUUGACUUUGAAAUACAUAUUUUGAAAAACUGUUUCAUCUAACCUGCAACAGCCUAAAAUAUCUUAGGCCAAUAUUAAUGUGCUGUACAAGUAAAUGUAAUUUUACUAAAAAAA